AAAAAGUAACUUUUACACGGAUCAUGAGUGAAAGUGGCAACACUGCGUCGUCCAGUACCUGUGUGUCGCGUCGAGGUGGCAGUGUCGCCGGCCCUGACAGCCCCGUAAAACACUGAAGAAGACACUCGCGGCGUGAUAUUUAGGGGUUUAGCACGACACCGCCGCAUAGCUGUAACAGCCCACCUGUGACGGAGACGGCCUCCAGUCCACCACCACCACCACCACCGCUGAGAGGAGGUUGUGAGGCCACGACCAGCGGCAUGGCGUCUGCACGGGCGGGGGGCGAUGACCCCGAGGACUGUCCAGUGUGCCUGACAGGCUUUGAUGGCUUUGUACAGUGGCCACACACUCUGCCCUGUGGCCACACAGUCUGCACACUGUGCAUCAAUAAGCUGAAGCACCAGGGCCGUGUUACCUGUCCAGAAUGUCGCGUCAGCCACGCCGUACCCGAGGGCAGGCAGAAGAGAGAUGACAAGGCGGCAGCAGCCUCGCUGCCACCCAGUGCCAGGAAGAGGAAAUGGGCAGCAGGAGCAGCUGGCAAGAAGGAAGUGGCGCAUCUCUCCAAGAAAAUGUGUUCCUUUCUGCAGGAACAGGAGAACAUAGUUGUGGCUGCCAUCACUGCCUGCCAGGAGGUUCAGUCCCAGCUGGACCAGUACCAGGCCACCCUGACAGGCUGGGGCGAGCAGCAGCAGCAGCUGGAGGACAGCCUCCAGGGACUGGUGGACCAGAGUAGAAGUGCCAGGGAGCUCGUGCAGCAGGAAAUGACUCGUGUGGCGGCCAAGAAGGAGGAGGCGAAGAAGAGGGAGCAGGAGCUGCUGGCCGUGCAGGAGAUGUUGCGCACCCCUACAACAGAGCAAGAGGCAUGCUUGGCAGUGUCUAAGGUGCUUCACUGCACCAAUGAGGCAAAGCAGGUGGUGGAGGAGUGCCAACAGUGUUUUCCUGAUGCCAGCACCCUCACCACCGCCAGGAAGGUGAGAGAGGCAUCUAAGGCAGCCCUGGAGGCUUUCCAGGCAGUUCCACGCACUGUCACUACAGAAGACCUGAGGCCCCAGUCAGACCCAGAGGAGCCCAUUUCCCAGUCAGACCCAGAGGAUCCCAGUUCCCAGUCAGACCCAAACCUCACCAUCAUGGAAAAAGUGAACUUCAUCCUAGAGCCGAGCUUAAAGGAACCUUUGCAGGCCGAGGACCUCUGCAGCCUGACACAGCAUGUCAGGAGCCUGCUGCAGGCUGGCCGGGUGUUUGCUGUGCACCAGGUGGAAGGUCAGCGCCGACAUGCAAGAAUAAGCCUCGAAGCCGGCCGGCUGUUCCUUCACGCCCUGAAGGAACAACCCCCAGCAUGGGGUGCGGCAACCCUCCAGGGUGAUGACCCUGAAGACUGUCCAGUGUGCCUGACAAGCUUUGAUGACUUAGUACAGCGGCCGCGCACUCUGCCCUGUGGCCACACAGUCUGCACACUGUGCAGUGAUAUGCUGAAGCACCAGGGCCGUGUUACCUGUCCAGAGUGUCGCGUCAGCCACGCCGUACCUGAGGGCGGGCAGUUCCCUGUCAAUUAUCUAUUUGAGGCCUUAAUAAGAAAGAUGAGAUAUGUCAAGGCAGCAGUAGCCUCGCUGCCAUCCAGUGGUGGGAAGGGCAAAGGGGCAGCAGGAGCAGCUAGCAAGAAGGAAGUGGUGCGUCUCUCCAAGAAAAUGUGUUCCUUUCUGCAGGAACAGGAGAACACAGUUGUGGCCGCCAUCACUGCCUGCCAGGAGGCUCAGUCCCAGCUGGACCAGUACCAGGUCACCCUGACAGGCUGGGGCGACCGGCAGGAGCAGCUGGAGGACAGCCUCCAGGGACUGGGUGACCAGAGCAGGAGUGCCAGGGAACUCGUGCAGCAGGAAAUGUUGCAUGUGGCGGUCAAGAAGGAGGAGGUGACGAAGAGGGAGCAGGAGAUGUUGCGCACUCGUGCAACAGAGCAAGAGGCAUGCUUGGCAGUGGCUGAAGUGCUGCACUGCACCAGUGAGGCAGAGCAGGUGGUGCAGGAGUGCCAACAGUGUUUUCCUGAUGCCAGCACCCUCACCACUGCUGUGUGGGUGAGAGAGGCAUCUAAGGCAGCCCUGGAGGCCGCCCAGGCUGUCCAUGCGACUCCAGUCACUCUCACUACAGAAGACCUGAGCCCCCAGUCAGUCCCUGCAGGGCCCAGUUCCCAGUCAGUCCCUGCAGGGCCCAGUUCCCAGUCAGUCCCUGCAGGGCCCAGUUCCCAGUUAGUCUCUGCAGGGCCCAGUUCCCAGUUAGGCCCUGCAGGGCCCAGUUCCCAGUUAGGCCCUGCAGGGCCCAGUUCCCAGUUAGGCCCUGCAGGGCCCAGUUCCCAGUCUGUCCCUGCAGGGCCCAGUUCCCAGUCAGUCACUGCAAAGCCCAGUUCCCAGUUAGGCCCUGCAGGACCCAGUUCCCAGUCAGUCCCUGCAGGGCAUACUUCCCAGUCAGUCACUGCAGAGCCCGCUUCCCAGUCGGACCCAAAGGAGGCCAGUUUCCAGUCAGACCCAGAGGAGCCCAGUUCCCAGUCAGACCCAGAGGAGGCCAGUUUCCAGUCAGAUGCAGAGGAGGCCAGUUUCCAGUCAGAUGCAGAGGAGCCCAGUUCCCAGUCAGACCCAGAGGAGGCCAGUUUCCAGUCAGACUCAGAGGAGCCCAGUUCCCAGUCAGACCCAGAGGAGUCCAGUUCCCAAUCAGACUCAGAGGAGUCAGAGUCAGACCUCACCAUCAUGGAAAAAGUGAACUUCAUCCUAGAGCUGAGCUUGAAGGAACCUUUUCGGGCCGAGCACCUCUGCCUCCUGACACAGCGCCCCAGGAACAUGUUGCGUGCUGGCUGGGUGUUUGCUGUGCACCAGGUGGAAGGUCAGCGCCGACAUGCAAGAAUAAGCCUCAAAAACCGCCGGGCAUGCUUCCACGCCCUGAGGGAGCAACACCCACCACGGGGCGCGGCAAUCCUGCAGAUCAGCGAGGUCUUCCCCCCCUCCCCCCCCUGCACGGUGUUCCUGGACGUGUCCUGGCCGGGCCAAGCGCCGCGCCGGGUCCACAUCCGUCUGAGCCCCCCCACUCCGCGGGGCAGGCAGUUCAUGCUGCUGUGUACGGGGCAGUGCGGCCCCUCCUACCGCGGCACCAGGUUGGUCUGGUGUGAAGUUAUGGUGCGGCCCAGGCUGUUGGAAGGGUGUAUGUGUGGCGGGGACUACGAGAGUACUGAUGGUACGGGAACAUGUCAGCUGUUGCCUGACCUUGAUGAGGGUGAGUACCGGGAGUCACUCCGGGCAGGGUCUCUGUUUGGGAUGCCGGGGAAUGGUAAGUUUGGCAUCAGCAUCGGCGAUAAUUUCGUUUCUUGGUCUCUUGUCUUUGGUGAGGUGGUGAAAGGACUGCACGUGGUGGCCGAGGCAGCCCGCCACAGCCUCAAUCAGGAGGCGACUGUGGUGGACUGUGGUGUGUUGGUGUGAGAGUAAUGGCCUGCACCACCACCACCACCUUUAUGAAGGUGACUGUGGUGGACUGGGGUGUGAGGAAAAUGGCCUGCACCACCACCAUUAUGGAGGUGACUGUAGUGGACUGUGGUGUGAGGGUAAUGGCCUGCACCACCACCACCACCACCAUUAUGGAGGUGACUGUAGUGGACUGUGGUGUGAGGGUAAUGGCCUGCACCACCACCACCACCACCAUUAUGGAGGUGACUGUGGUGGACCGUGGUGUGAGGGUAAUGGCCUGCACCACCACCACCACCACCACCAUUAUGGAGGUGACUGUGGUGGACCAUGGUGUGAGGGUAAUGGCCUGCAUCACCACCACCACCACCAUUAUGGAGGUGACUGUGGUGGACUGUGGUGUGAGGGUAAUGGCCUGCACUACCACCACCAUUGUGGAGGUGACUGUGGUGGACUGUGGCGUGGUGUUGCGUUCAUAAAAAUUACAUCAGUGCAAUGUCUCCUUGCCAAGGGAAUAGGCUCACUAAGCCUCUCUUUAUAGACUACAAGUUACUGAAAGUGCCAGACGUGAUGCACCUCCAGACCUGUCUGUCUGUACACAGCACUUUGCACUCACACCCACCUGACUGUGGCCUUCAUCCAGUCACUCGCAGUGACAGUAAGUGUCCUUUACAGUCCCAUCAUGUAGGGUGACUCAUGCACAACACAGUGUUAGUGUUCCAGGGGCCAGGCUAGGGAACCAGCUGCCCUUGUUAUAAAGAGUGCAGACUAACAGUGGCCUUGACAGUCCCAUCAUGCAGGGUGACUCAUGCACAACACAGUGUUAGUGUUCCAGGGGCCAGGCUAGGGAACCAGCUGCCCUUGUUAUAAAGAGUGCAGACUAACAGUGGCCCUGACACUCUCAGAAUCCCAUCAUGCCUGGACGCCUUCAGUGCUGUCUGGCUGGGUGUCAUCAUUAAGUGUUUACCCCUGUCUUUGUUUAGGAGUGCCACACAGCCCUCUGUGUGUUUCCUGUAUGCUGGUUGUCAUCAUUAAGUGUUUACCCCUGUCUUUGUUUAGGAGUGCCACACAGCCCUCUGGCACUCUGUGUGUUUCCUGUAUGCUGGGUGUCAUCAUUAAGUAUUUACCCGUCAUUGUUUAGGAGUGCCACACAGCCCUCUGGCACUCUGUGUGUUUCCUGUAUGCUGGGUGUCAUCAUUAAGUAUUUACCCGUCAUUGUUUAGGAGUGCCACACAGCCCUCUGGCACUCUGUGUGUUUCCUGUAUGCUGGGUGUCAUCAUUAAGUAUUUACCCAUCAUUGUUUAGGAGUGCCACACAGCCCUCUGUGUUUCCUGUAUGCUGGGUGUCAUCAUUAAGUAUUUACCCAUCAUUGUUUAGGAGUGCCACACAGCCCUCUGGCACUCUGUGUGUUUCCUGUAUGCUGGGUGUCAUCAUUAAGUAUUUACCCGUCAUUGUUUAGGAGUGCCACACAGCCCUCUGUGUUUCCUGUAUGCUGGGUGUCAUCAUUAAGUAUUUACCCGUCAUUGUUUAGGAGUGCCACACAGCCCUCUGUGUUUCCUGUAUGCUGGGUGUCAUCAUUAAGUAUUUACCCAUCAUUGUUUAGGAGAGCCACACAGCCCUCUGUGUUUCCUGUAUGCUGGGUGUCAUCAUUAAGUAUU